AUGACCUUGCUGGUGUUGCUUGCCUUUGCAGUUGCUAAUGUGUCCCGAGCACAGUUGUCUACCGCUUCAUUGGUUGAUGUCGGAUUUCUUAUUGAACCUCCUGACCAGCAGGGUCAGGUAGUUGGAACGGGCGCAGAUGGUACGACAUUCAUCGUUUCUGGGACAUUCGGUGAGAUUGAAGUUGGUUACACCAUGACCGUUGUGCAGGACGUAUCACAUAUCUCUAAAGGUGCUGAACUCGUCACGUCAUCCAUCACGAUGCCCUACGAAGUCCAAUGUGAACUUCAAACGGACGGUGACGCAGUCUGCACAGAGCGUCUCGACUUGGGGGUGAUCACAACAACUCAGGACAUAAUCCUGACCGGUAUUGUUGUGAGUCCAGGUGGUGGAGGCAGUGGAGGCGUGACAGCCUCUAGUGCAACGACGCCAAUUCAGACCAAGACCCACCACUCGGUAACAGCGACCGCCGCUGGGCCCGAUCCUACUGACACCUUUGGGGGGGACUCUCCUAGUGGAGGUUCGAUUCCAAGCCUUGGUGGACUACCUGGAUUUCCCGAUGCUGGUUCCUUAAGCUGUAAUGUGCCUGGAAGACUUUUGGCCAUCCCGUUUGUGUUGGUGCUCAUGAGCAUCAUCUGA